CCCUCCCCAAAAUCAAGAUUCUUCAGAAGAGCAGAAUGAAGAAGAAGAAAAAGAAGAAGAAGAUCAAGAGGAUGAGAAAGAUGAGGAAAAUGAACAGCAACAGCCACAAGUCCCUGAUGAGUUUAUUUUUGAUGCGGAAGGUGGUUUAGUGGAUGAAAAACUUCUCUUCUUUGCACAACAAGCACAAAGACGCAAAGGAAAAGCUGGACGAGCAAAGAAUGUCAUCUUUUCCGAAGAUAGAGGUCGAUAUAUAAAGCCAAUGCUUCCAAAGGGUCCAGUGAAGAGAUUGGCAGUUGAUGCAACUCUAAGAGCAGCGGCACCAUAUCAGAAGUUACGAAGAGCAAAGGACAUCCAAAAAACUCGCAAGGUUUAUGUAGAGAAAACUGACAUGAGAGCCAAAAGAAUGGCACGCAAAGCCGGAGCUCUGGUGAUAUUCGUAGUUGACGCUAGUGGGAGUAUGGCACUGAAUAGAAUGCAGAAUGCCAAAGGAGCAGCACUUAAACUACUUGCAGAGAGUUAUACAAGCAGAGAUCAGGUCUGUAUCAUUCCCUUCCGCGGAGAUGCUGCUGAAGUUUUGUUGCCACCUUCUAGGUCAAUAUCGAUGGCAAGAAAUCGUCUUGAGAGACUUCCCUGUGGAGGGGGUUCUCCCCUUGCUCAUGGGCUUACGACGGCAGUUAGAGUUGGAAUGAAUGCAGAAAAGAGUGGUGAUGUUGGACGUAUCAUGAUUGUUGCAAUUACUGAUGGUAGAGCUAACAUCUCUCUUAAAAGAUCCACAGACCCUGAAGCUGAAGCUUCUGAUGCACCCAGACCUUCUUCCCAAGAGCUGAAGGAUGAGAUUCUCGAGGUGGCUGGUAAAAUAUACAAAACAGGAAUGUCUCUCCUCGUCAUAGAUACAGAAAAUAAGUUUGUUUCUACUGGUUUUGCGAAAGAAAUCGCGAGAGUAGCUCAAGGGAAGUACUAUUAUUUACCAAAUGCUUCAGAUGCUGUGAUAUCUGCAGCAACAAAGGAUGCAUUAUCUGCAUUAAAGGAAUCUUGACCUAAACUCGAUCGAAUUAAUUGUAAAUGUUGUUUUGAGUAUAGAUUAUUGGGAGGAUAUAAGAGCAUGCUUGAUAAUUCUUAUCUUUUGUUGUACUAAUUGAACUUAUUUCUCAAUUAUGCAAUCAGGGUAAUGAAGAUUCUUUUCAUUUCAUUUCA